AUGGUGAUUGCUGGACCGACCGACUAUUCGCCAUUGCGCGCUGGCGCUGUGUCAGUUGUGUACGAAAGGCCACCGUCGGCCUCCGGAACGGGGACCAUGGCGACGAGCCCCCCACUGCCGUCUGCUCCGAAGCCCGCUCUUGCGCUGUCGGCGCCUCUUCCUGUCGCGCCUGCUGUCCCUCUCGCUGUACCAACUACUGUGGUUGCUCCGCCUGACGCUCUCCUAGCUCCUGAGCUUGCCGCUCUAUCUGCGGGCGCCGUGCGGGCGACUGUUGCUGGCGGCGUGGCGGCACAAUCGGUGGAGUCCGCCACCACUGACGUCCUGGGCCAGGCGGCGCCCCACGCUGCUCCUGCUCCCCCAUCUGCCGCGACACUGGUGCCGCCUCCGCCUGUGCUGGCGGGAGCUACUCCUGCACUGCUCGCAGCUGCUCAUCAUGCACCGCCUGAGGCUGCUCCUCCUGCGUCGCCUGUGGCUGUUCCUCCGGUGCCGCCGGUGGCUGUUCCUUCUGUGCCAUCUGCUGCGGUUCCUCCUGCGCAGCGACCACCGUCUCCUGGCCGUCGCCCUGCUCCCUCCCCUCCCUCCCUCCUUCCCCUCCAUCCCUCCCUCCCUCCCUCCCUCCCUCCCUCCCUCCCUCCCUCCCUCCCUCCCUCCCUCCCUCCCUCCCUCCCUCCCUCCCUCCCUCCCUCCCUCCCUCCCUCCCUCCCUCCCUCCCUCCCUCCCUCCCUCCCUCCCUCCCUCCCUCCCUCCCUCCCUCCCUCCCUCCCUCCCUCCCUCCCUCCCUCCCUCCCUCCCUCCCUCCCUCCCUCCCUCCCUCCCUCCCCUCCCUCCCUCCCUCCCUCCCUCCCUCCCUCCCUCCCUCCCUCCCUCCCUCCCUCCCUCCCUCCUCCCUCCCUCCCUCCCUCCCUCCCUCCCUCCCUCCCUCCCUCCCUCCUCCCUCCCUCCCUCCCUCCCUCCCUCCCUCCCUCCCUCCCUCCCUCCCUCCCUCCCUCCCUCCCUCCCUCCCUCCCUCCCUCCCUCCCUCCCUCCCUCCCUCCCUCCCUCCCUCCCUCCCUCCCUCCCUCCCUCCCUCCCUCCCUCCCUCCUCCCUCCCUCUCCCUCCCUCCCUCCCUCCCUCCCUCCCUCCCUCCCUCCCUCCCUCCCUCCCUCCCUCCCUCCCUCCCUCCCUCCCUCCCUCCCUCCCUCCCUCCCUCCUCCCUCCCUCCCUCCCUCCCUCCUCCCUCCCUCCCUCCCUCCCUCCCUCCCUCCCUCCCUCCCUCCCUCCCUCCUCCCUCCCUCCCUCCCUCCCUCCCUCCCUCCCUCCCUCCCUCCCUCCCUCCCUCCCUCUCCCUCGCUCCCCUCCCUCCCUCCCUCCCUCAACAGGAUGGCGAGGCAAGUGGAAGCAGCAACAGGAUGAGAUUGAGAGAGAAAAGGCACAAUCACACCACCUUGCCACUGAAUGCGUAG